AUGAGCAAUAGUAACUCCGGCGCCGGCGCUGGCGGCGCGGCGAGCGUGGCGGAGGAGGUUGCGGGGCUGGACCGGCUGCUAACGCGGCUGGCGCUGACGGAAGACGCGAAGCUCGAGAAGGUUCUCUCGAAGCUUCUCCCGCUCGCCAUCUCCCGCCUCGCGUCGCCGCACGAGGCGUCGCGGAAGAAGGUGAUGGAGAUGCUGGCGCACAUCAACAAGCGCGUGCGGGGGGCGUCCGCCAUCCACCUGCCGCUCUCCGACCUCCUCGCGCUCUACUGCUCCGCCACAGCCACCACACCCGCCCCUUCCCCCUCCUCCACCUCCACCACCACUACCUCCGCACCCCUGCUCCCUGCCCCACACCCCCUCACGGCGAGCUUCGCGCUGGUAUACACAGACAUGGCGUUUCAGCGCGCCACACCAGAGGAGCAGGCAGCAGCGGUGCCGGUGCUGCUACGGGGCAUAGCUUCGCGCGCAGCAGCGCACCAGGACAUGCUGCUGCGGUGCGCGCUGCAGGGCCUGCUGCGCUAUGGGUCGCCAAGAGGGGUGGGGUCGGGGCCUGAGGAACAGCAGCUCGCUGCUACCUACUCCUGGCUCACCUCUUCGCCUGCUGCUGCUGCUGCUGCUGGCACUGCUGAUGCGGGUGCGAGUGCUGCUGGUGCUGGUGCAGCUGAAUCGACUAAGGUGGCAGCGGCAGGGGGUGUGUCAGAGGGAGGAGAGGCGGCUGGGGGCAAGGCAGAAGCAGCGGCCGCAGCAGGCACAGGCGGGGGGGCAGCGGGGAAGGCUGCUGCUGCCGCUGCUGCUGCGAGUGCUGCCCCUAGUCCGGACAUGGCUGUGUGGCUGGAGUUUUGCCUGCAGGUGAUGCUGCUGCCGGCCUCUCUCUCCGCUGCUGCUGCUGCUGCGGCGAAUGCAGGGUCGGCACAGGGGCAGGGAGGAGUAGCAGCAGCAGCGGGUCUGGCGGCAGGGGGGAGAGGAGCGGCAGUGGGGGCAGGAGGUGCGGGGGCAGAGCUGAAUGCGGCAGGGCAGCAGGGCGGACCCGCGCAGCCUCCUCUCUCGGACCACCCCGGGCUGUCCCUCGCGCAGCUGCACCGAGUGCUUGGCCCCGCGCCUUCCUCCUCAGCCGCCUCCCCUGCAACCGCGGCUUCCCCUGCUGCGCUCAACCUCAUUCCGCCUGACGCUGUGGCUCAGAGGAAGGUGGCGGUGCUGAACUUCCUGGCAGCCGUCAAGGCGCCCGCCCAUGCGUGCUACCUGCUCUGGCUCGUUGCCGCCACUGACAGCAACGAGCGGGUGAACCGGCGCGGGGAGGAGCUGAUGAAGCGCCACGGGGGGGCAGUGGACUUGGAAAGCGACAGGCUUGUAGCCGCCAUGAUGCGCCUUUACCAAGGCACCCCCGCAUCUGACCCCAAGCAGCCGCAGACAGCAGCAGCAGUGCCAGCAGCGUCAGCAGCGGUGAAGCUGCGGCUGCUGGGCGCGUUUGUGCGCUCCAUUGCUGCCGCCAACGCAUUCCCAGGCACCCUGCACGUCAUUUUCGAUGCUAUCUAUGGCGUGGGGGCAUCAACGCGCAGCAAGCAGCUGGGCAUGGAGUUUGCCGUCUGGGUCUUCAAGCAUGCAAAGGAGGACCGGCUGCGGCCCUUGUCGCCAGUCAUCCUCUCCUCGCUGCUCAAGCUGCUCUCGCAGUACGACGCUGCAGAGUCCCUGAACCCCCCAUCGCAGCAGCUACAGGCAUUCACGUAUCGAGCCAUCGCUCAACUGGCAGAGCGCUGCCCCUUCCUUGUCAGGGGGGAUGCGAGCAUGUGUGAGCGCAUGUUGGUGGCACUGGAGGCAUGUGAGUCGCCAUCCCUGCGAGUGGUCAUGCAGGACGCACUACUCUCCCUCGCGUCCGCUUACAAGGGCUGUUCACCCAAGGUGUUGGAGUCCGUUGAGGGCCUGCUGCUCAAGCACUGCUCCUCUCCAGUGGAGGCGGUGCGGUACUGCACGCUGCAGUGGACCAUGCGCCUGCUCUCGCUCUCCUCUGCGCCCGCCUGCUUCCUCGCGCUGCUAGCUACAGCUGACAACAAAACCGAGAUCAAGGAGGCAGCCCAACGCUUUCUCUUCCCAGAAGCAGACACACGCACCAAGAAGCCCACCGCCGCCUCCUCCCCCUCUCCCCUCUCCACGCCCUCCCCAGCUUUCGCCUCCUCUUCCUCCUCCUCCUCCGCCUCUCUCUCCCCACCCCCCUCCCUCUCAUCCCUACUCGCGUUCAUAUGCAAGCAGAAGCCCAAGGCAGCUGCACCCGUGCCCCUGGAGGGGGAACAGACGCUGCUGCUGCCCCCUGCUGCGUUUCUCUCCGCCAUUCGCUUCCUGCUGCUGUGCUGGCGCGAGGAGCGACGGGGAGGUGGGGCGAAGGGGGAGAGGGAGGGAGGGGCUGGGGAAGAGGGAGGAGGAAAGGGUGAGGUUGGUGGGAGCGGUGGUGGUGAGAAAGGGAAGGAGAAAGUAGAGGAGAAAGCAGAAGCGAGUGCAGAGGCGAAAGCAGAGGGGGGAGCGGAGGGGGAAUCAGUGGAGGAGCGGCUGUGUGUGUUUGUGGAGCAUGGGUUCGCACGUGAUGCCACGUGGGAAGUGCAUGCCGAGGCUGGCAGGGCGCUGCUAGAAAUCAUGGCCGCUCAUCCGCAGUUGGCUCUGCGCUUCACCGCGCGUCUUCCGUGGCUGCAGCGCUUCCUGUCGCACAACGACCCGUCAGUGCGAGCAGCCUUCGCCAAGCUCAUGGGCGUUGUGGCGCGGGGGUUGCCUGCCCCUGACGCCCACGCGCUGCUACUCAAGCUGCAGGGGGGCCUGGCAAAUGAGGGCGGGAAGGCGGGGAUCAAGGAGGAGGAGGCGCAGGGGCUGAUAGCAGCGCUGGGCUACGUCACAGCCACAGCUGCCGACGCUGCAGGGCGAGCAUCAUCGGUGGAUCUGCUCCUCUCGCGCCUGCUCUCCCCCUCAUCAGCGCCCUCCACCCUCGCCCUCACCGCGCAAGCCCUGGGCCUCAUAGGCCUCAUAGGCCCCCUUCCGCCCCCCUCCUCCUCCACCUCCUCCUCCUCUCUCAAGGAUGAAGCAGCACCUGAGGGUACUGCGAGUGGAGCGGUGGGAGAGGAGGGGAGUGGGGGAGAUGUGGGAAAGAGUGGUGAGGAUGGGGAGAAGGCAGCGAGUGGGGAGGAGGAGGGGCGGAAGAAGAGGAAGAGAGGGGAUGUGGUGGAGCAGCUGGCCUCGUUAUUGUCACACAGGGAUGACAAGGUGGUGCAGAGUGCGGCAGGGGCGCUGGGGAUGAUGAGCUAUGGCGACCCUCAGGGUGUGGCGGAUGCUGCUCUCACGGCUCUGCUCACUCUCGGUCGAUGCAAGAGCGAGGCAACGUUGCUGGCAGCAGGCGAGGCGCUGGCGUUCGUGUGGGGUCCGGUGGACUGCCCUCCCUUCCGGCCCACCCUGCUGCUCUCCGGCCCUCACUCCUCCCUCGCCCCCAUCUUCAACGACGCUGAUGACGCUGCUGCCGCCGCGCUACAGGACAAGGCGCGCCGCCCCAAGCGGGAAGCAGAUGUGCAGAUGGGUGAUGCGAGUGGUGAGGCAGGAAAGGAGGAGACGGCAGGUGGGCAGGGUGGAACAGGAGCAACAGCAGGAGCAGGAGCAGGAGAAGAGAUGGAAAGAGAGAAAGAAGGGCAGGCUGUUGCUGAUGUGAUGAUGGGGGAAGGGGGGCAGGAGACCUCAGCGGGCGAGGGGAGGAAGGAGGGAGAGGGGAGCGAGAGGGUGUGGGGAGGCGAGGCGAUGGAGGCGAGGUGGGAGAGCAUGAGGAAGGUGCUGGUGGAGGAGCUGCUGGUGAGCAGCCGCAGUGAGGAGCGCUGUGCGGGGGCCGUGUGGCUCAUGUCGCUGCUCUCCUUCUGCGGCCACCACGCCUCCAUGCAACGCCUGCUGCCGCAGCUCCAGGACGCGUUCAGUGCACUGCUGGGCGAUUCCAACGAGCUGACCCAGGAGAUGGCGUCCCGUGCCAUGUCUCGCAUCUACACACUGGGCGAUGCCGGCACCAAGCAGCUGCUCGUUGCUGCUCUUGUCGCUAACCUCACUGGCGCUGCCGGGCAGAAGCGCAGCGGGAAGCUACUGGGCGACACAGAGGUAUUCACAGAGGACUCAGUCGCGCGCAACACCUCCUCCUCCUCCAUGCGAGCAGGGGCGGCGGGCAGCAGCAGCAGCGCGGCGAGCUCAGCAGGGCGGGCGCAGAGCAGCGUGGGCGUGAGCACGUACCGCGAGCUGUGCAGUGUGGCCACGGACAUGGGGCAGCCCGACCUCAUCUACCGCCUCAUGGACAUCGCCAACCACCAUGCGGCCCUCAACUCCAACCGAGGAGCCGCCUUCAGCUUUGCAGCAGUGGCAGCAGAAGCCGGCGCAGCGCUAGAGCCGCACCUGCCGGCACUCCUCCCGCGGCUGCUGCGCAUGAUGUACGACCCCAACCGCCCCCUCGCAGAGGCUGCCGGGCACAUCUGGCGCGCGCUGGUGCGCGAGCCCAAGGCCACGGUGGACCGGCACUUUGAUGAGAUUGUGAAUGACCUGAUGGGGAAUGUCACGGGGCGUCUGUGGCGCAACAGAGAGGCUGCGUGCCUUGCGCUUGCUGACCUGCUGCCUUCGAGACGGUUUGCAGAGGUUUCCAGUCAUUUGGAGCAGGUGUGGGUGGUGUCAUUCCGUGCAUGCGACGACAUCAAGGACAGCGUGCGCGUGGCCGGAGAAAAGCUGUGCCGCGCCGCCACAUCGCUCACCGUGCGCCUGUGCGACCCCACGCUCACUCCACGCGCCGACGCACACGCAGCGUGCAGCGUGGUGCUGCCCGUGCUGCUGGCGCAGGGCAUGACCUCGUCCGUGGGCUCUGUGCGCCACCUCGCCCUCUCCACCACUGCCAAGCUCGCCAAGGGAGCGGGAGCAUCGGUGCAGCCGCAUCUGGCAGCGCUGGUGCCGGCCAUGCUGGAAGCGCUCUCAGGCCUGGAGGACCAGAACCUCAACUACGCUGAGCAACACGCGGAGAGGGUGGGCAUCAGCAGUGAGAAGCUGGAGGCGGCACGGCUGGCCAUGUCCCGAGACACGCCCAUGUGGCACACACUCGAUGCGUGCCUGCAACAGGUGGACGAGUCCUGUCUGCCUGACCUCCUACCUACACUCAAGUCCCUCACGCGCUCCUCUGUGGGCCUCAACACCAGAGUGGGUGUGGCUCGCUUCAUCUCGCUCCUCAUCCCGCGCGCCGGCCCCACAGCCAUGCGCCCGCACGCCCCCGCCUUCCUCAAGACCCUCACCCUCGCUCUCUUCUCCGAGCGCACCUCCGCGGGCCGAAGAGCCUUUUCAGCAGCAGCAGCCGACAUGGCCAAAUGCGCAGGGGGUGCUGCAGUGGAGAAAACAGUGGGGGAGACGUGUGGGAAGUACCUGGGGGAGGAGGCAGCAGGGCAAAAGGACGUGCGGCUGUGCUGUGCGCUGCUGAUGCGGGAUGUGGGGAAGGCGUGUCCGGACGAUAUGCCACCGUGCCACCAUGUGUUGCUGCCCACGCUGCUCCUUGGACGGCACGAUGAGGACGAGGCAGUGCGGGCGGUGUGGGAGGAGGCGUGGGACAACGUGGGAGUGGCGGCGUCGGCAGCAGUGAGGGAACACGCAGGGGACAUUGCUCCCACGCUCACCGCUGCUGCCUCUUCCUCCUCCUGGACCCGCCGCUGCCAGGCAGCAGCAGCCAUGCAGGCAGUGGUGAAGGCCAUGGGCACAGACACCCCCCACACCGUCCUGCUGCAGUUCCUCUCCGCCCUGCUGCCACAGCUGCCAGGCCGCUUGUGGGAGGGCAAGGAGCAGCUGCUGCCAGCCAUUGCGGCCAUCUGCACUGCAUGCCCCUCCGCUCUGCUCUCACUCUCACUACAACCGUCAGCAGCCACACAGGGAGCACCAGCAGCAGCAGCAGAGGCAGGGAAAUCAGCAGCAGCAGAUGUGGUGGCAGCAGUGCUGGCAGCGUGUGGGCGCAACAAGGCGGCAUUCAGACUGGCAGCUCUGCAGAGCCUGCACAAGGUCUUGCAUGCUUUCUCGCCCACACCUCCUCCGAAGCAGCAGUUGUCGAAACCAUCUGCAUCACCAGCACCACCAGCAGCAGCAGCAUCAGCUCCAGCAUUGGACCUGCUACCUCUGGUGGCACCAGGCUUGAUUGCGCUCUUUCCACCCGCAUCUCCCACCACUGCACCUGCUGAUGCUUCAAAAACUGCAUCUGCUGUAGAGCCAACAGGAGAAGCAAGGGCAACAACAGCGGAGCAGCAGGAGGCGCUGCUAGCUUGUGUCUCUGCAGCUCUCCUCUCUGCAACACCCACGUCCCUGCCACUAUACACAACACCCCUGCAAUCAGCCCUCUGCGGCCUCCUCUCUUCCAAUCCCGUCUGGACAGUCAAGCUAGCAGUGCUCAAUACGAGCGCCACGUUCCUACCUGCUCUUCUUAAGUUACCUUCGGAUGCUGCUGUGCACAACACGGUGGCCCCCUUCCUCCCCAGCUUCAUCGAUGCUCUAUCCGACACCAAGCGCUCCCAGACCCGUCAAGCAGCCGUGGAGGCAGUGCAGGCAGCUACAGUGUGCCUGCAGCACCACAGCGCCCUUGAGCCUGCGGACCGGGAUUCCCUCACUGCUGCUCUGCGCGAUGCUGUGAAGGUGGAGAAGAGUGAGGCUGUCAAGAUGGCUGCUGAGAAAUGCCUGGAGUUGUUGGGGGGCAUGGUGGAAUGA